CCCAUUGGCCAAUCAGAAUUAUAUGAGGUAACACGUGACCGCCAGACGCUUAUCAGCCUCAGUAGCAAGUUAGCUUUCGGACGCGACACUCGGACUAUUAGACUCUAAUUAAUAAUAAUUCCUUUGUUUUCAAUAUUCUCCUUGUUUAUUUGUGAAACGGAUUUAUAGUUUUUGGAAAUUGUUUAGAGGGAUAUAUAAGUGUGAUAUGAUAAAAAAUUAUUGACUCAAUUCGAUAAUUUUACUGAUUACAAUAAACUUUCGAACUUUUUCUUUGUUUGAAACUUUGAUCAACGUACGGUCAACAUAACUAUGGCUGGCGUUUCUAACGGAAACAUUUCGCCCAGCGCGAGCACUAAUGGUGCCGAGAUCGAGAACGGACAUAUAGCGCCAGAGCAAAAUGUCGUUUACGUUCUCGAUCCCUCCUUUUUUGCAUCAGAGCAAAAGACUGUCAAUUCCUUUGUUUGGAACAAAAAUGGCGGAGAAGCUGCCCACGCUGACCAAACUAGCGUGGACAACAUCACGUGCUCAAACGAUCCAAUUAUAGCACAGCCCGCUACGCUGCAGUACGGAAUCACGCAGCUACGUCACGACCCGGAAACGAGACAACCAAUCGAAAACGGGAACCCCGCAUCAUCAAUAAAUAGCGUGGGAAUUUCUUCACCAACACCGGGUUUUUCCAAGGGGAAAACUAAAGAUCAUCGAGGCGAGAUUAAAACCUUGAAUGCCCGUCUUGAUUCAAAUGAAAGACAAAUGCAAGAAAUUUCUGGAAUACUUGUGUCAUUGAAUGAAAAAUUCACUAACUUUGUGGAAAAUGCACCACGACCAAAUAUCACCACUGAAAGCAUCCAGUCAGACGACGACGAUGAUGAAGGCAAUUCGUCGGAUGAUAAUUAUUCCGUCCAGGACGGGGUACUUCCGGUAAAAAACACGGAUGUAAACAAUGAAUCAAAAUUGAAAAAACUUCUAGAUUUCUCCGCGAAAGUUGAUGGGAAAAAAGAAUGUGGCCCUCCAGUAAACGAGACAUUAGCCACGGCAGUACAAAAUUCAAUAAAUGUGAACUUUGACCAAGAAAAGGGAAAGAAAUUGGCGGAUGCAAUAGAAUAUCCGGAAAACUGUUCACUUUUAGCUCCUCCAAAGGUGAAUGAAGAAAUAUGGCAUGAUUCGUUUAUAUCAAAGCCUCUACGUAUACAGGACUGUGGACUGCAGAAUAUCCAAACUUUUCAUUGGGAAAGCAAUGGUGCCAAUGAUUAA